AUGGCACUGAAAGUGAAGAAGGAAGGCCCUACCCCUCCCAAAACUGAAGCCAAAGCAAAGGCUUUGAAAGCCAAGGAGGCAGUACUGAAAGCCAUCCACAAAAAAAAGAAGAGCCACACUUUGCCCACAUUCUGGUGGCCCAAGAGCUGCAUCUUAGAAGACAGCCCAAAUAUCCUUGGAAGAGCCCCCAGGAGAAACAAGCUUGACCACUAUGCCAUCAUCACGUUCCUCCUGACCACUGAGCCAGCCAUGAAGAAGGUUGAAGACAACAACACACUUGUGUUCAUUGUGAAUGUCAAGACCAAAAAGCAUCGGAUCAAACAGGCUGUGAAGAAGCUCUAUGACAUUGACGUGGCAAAACCAACACACCUAUUCCUUCAACAUUUUGUCUGGAAAUCUCCUUAG